AUGCCAGUGCCAAGUUUGACUUGGAUAGGAUACAACGCCGUCCGUCUCACAGCUGUGAUAUUUCUAGGCUGGGCUCUGGCUGCUCAGUUUAUAGCCAUUAGUGGUGAUAUAUCAGGUUAUUCUGAUGCUCUAUCUAUACAAGCCGCAGCGUCUUCUGACGGAACGACCACAUCGAGUAAAACCUCUCUCGUACCAGGCAUAACAUCUUCAAGUUCCAAGAACCCCUAUGCCGCUCCUUCUGUAAAGGCGACUUCAGCGACGACGUCUGCACCCAUAGGUGGAAGUACUGCCUCCCAUAAAAGGAGGGGAAUACCUGUCUUAGCUGAAGACGUGCAGUCAGUGAAGAGAGACUUGAAACCAAUACGUAAGAGGGAGAAUGAUGACGCGUUACAGGUUGGCGAAGGAAGCUGGGGAAUGUCUUCCAUCCCAAGACAGCCAGGAGGUCUAGUCUUUGCGAUCCUAUCACGUUUACUCAUUGCUUCAACGCUUGCGGCGCUCGUACUAGGUCAGCUCGCUUGGCCAGAGAUGUUCGUAUAUCAGAACUUGCCGUGGUUGGGACCACAGAGUACUCCGAUAUGGUUAGGCUUAGUGCAGGUUGUUGUGGCAAUCGAGAAUUUGCGAGUAUACGCAAAAGCGACAACGUUGUUGCCUUCAUGGGGAUUGCUCGCUAUAGGACUAACUAAUUUUACAAUUGGUGGUGUCCUCCUUUUCUUAGGACGCAAACUACCUAAACAUCCAGCACCACCAUUAUAUUUCAAUCUUUCCGUUCGACCUUUAUACUUUCUGCCUCCGCCAAAAUGCUACCAUGAGAUUCUUCAUCCGUCACAUUCAAAGCGUGAUCCCGAACAUGGUAUGAAGAAUUUACCUCCAUCCAAUUCUCACUCAAUAGGUCUGGAUGACGAAAAUGAAGAUCAUGAUUUUGAUGGUGACGGUGAUAAAUAUUCUAUACAUUCAGAAGACCAAUUACCUAUUCAAGCACAACAUCAAAAACCCAAACCUUCUUCUCAUCCUGGAUCUGAAGAGAACGUUGAGAAAUCAUACACAGACGUUAGAAAAGGUGGCUAUCCAACUUUUUCAGGUGGAGGAAUGACAGAUCCAAUGAGACAAGUUCCAACUGGUUUCAUUGAACGUACGAAAGAUGGUAGGAAGAUUGAGUUUAUUUCAGAAGAUGGGAAAUCUACUAAAGCACCUCAACCCCACAGAAGCAAUUCACCUCCUACGUCUUAUAAACAUCCUAAGAACGAAGUAAAGAUAGACAGAAAACAAUUACCACCUAGAGGUCAAUCUAGGACAAGAGCCUUGACAGCUGAUAUUCCUCCAAGUAGAUUUGAGGAAAGAGAUAAAACGCAAAGAGCGAGAGCUGAUAGUGUUGAUACUCUCACUUUGAUAGCAAGAGGUAAAACCCUCGAGGAAUCGGUUAUUUGUAACUCACGAGAAGCAAAUGAGAUGAGUAAUGGAAGAGAAGCUCAGAUGGGAAGAUCUAAGACUUUGUCCUCCAUGACAUUUGGUCCCGUGUCUUCUCACAGGACCCGAGAGUCUGAAAGACCAGUCCCCAAAAUUCCAUUGAGAGAAAAACCAGAAAGACAGUCCAGUGCUUCUACGAUAUCAGCGACUAGGGAGAUGGGUCCGAGAUUUCCUUUCCCACCUUCUAGGAAGGUUGUCUCGAUUGACGGUCACGCUACGGGUGAUGGCGCAACUUCACCAAACAAGAUAAGUGUAGCAAGGGGAUUAGUCAUGGAGCCUAAAGGGCCAAAACCUCCCUUGAGAUCGGGUUCGAAGAGGGACCAAGUGAGGAAAGCAGACUCCACGAACGCAUUAGGCGUUUCGCAAGAUAGAUCAAUGAUCAAGAAUGUUCAGCAAGAAGAUAGCAAUGAAAGUAAACAAGUCGAAUUUGACAGACCCGAAACAAAGAAAUCUAGCAGGAAGAUUCAUCCCAGUAAAGGGUACAAAAGUGGGGAUGUCAGAAAUGGCAAGUCUCCUUUAAUUCUUAGAUCUCCUGAGACCCCUGCUGCAGUGACUCCUCUUCGACGAUCAUCCUCGACUGAAUCACCUCGAAACAGAACAACUUCCAGUGCUUCGUCCACUUCACCCAAGCAUAAAUCAUCUCAGCGCCCUCGUAAGCGAUCUGCUACGUUAGCCGCUCCAGUUCCUCUUCAGCCAUCUCUUUCUCUGAAACGAUCCAGUUCCUCUAGAUCCACACGUGGGGCAAAAACCGCCCGAGGUGUAAGGUUCAACCUUUCUCCGGCAAGAGAGAGUGAUGAAGAUUCUCAAUGGUCAGAUUCUGAAGAAGGUGAAGUGAGAGAAUUAGCUCCUAAGGGACGUAUAAGUAUACUGAGUACUGCAGCGCAAGGGGUAAUGACUGUCGGAACGCCUCGUUCGACAAUGGAGAGACCAGAAAGCUUUAGCAUUGACGAUGUAUCACCGGACGACUUCAUUUACACUACCCACAGUGGUAGCGAGAGAAACACAGUCAAGAAUAGUCAUGAUCUCUCGACGGAAGACAUGAAAGACCUCACAGAUAGAGGGAAGAGGAGAGGCGAAACAGGGAUCUUGGGAGGAGGAUAUCUGAAUGGCGGCAAGGAAAAUGCUAAGAUAUGA